CAGAAUUUUUAUUCUGCAUUCGAUUGGUCGUCAUUGAAUCGUGCGACAACACAAUAUUUCAACCAUUUAUGAUAUUGAUACAAAAGAACAAUCGUAUUCCCUAAAUAAUCUUUUCUUUUAUUAAAAUUCUUCGUGAGAGCCGUGUUUAUAUUCUUAUAGUGUAUGUGAGUGAUUUAAAAGCUAUGGAAAAUAGUUAACAUUGACUGUCAAGCAAGAAAAAUAAUAGCAGUGGCCUCCAAACUUGUAAUGGAAUCUUAUUUCAAAGCGACUUCCAAACGAAAGAAAUCGGCUCUAGAGGGCUACAAGUGAGUUAUGUUGUUAAACUAGUUCGUGAAUACGUCGGUUGAUCGGUGAACGCUGGUCGACAGGUUUUAUAUGCGCGUAACGGUGACAUGAGCACGAAUAAGAGGCGCGGAGGAGCUAGCAGUUGUGCCGUGCCCGGGGUGCCCGCGCUGGCCGUGACCACCGUGCCCACCGCCAUGUCGGCCGACCUCGCGUCGUUGUUUGAAUGCCCCGUGUGCUUCGACUAUGUCCUCCCGCCCAUCCUGCAGUGCCAGAGCGGGCACUUGGUGUGCUCGAGCUGCCGACCCAAGCUGUCGUGCUGCCCGACGUGCCGCGGGCCCCUCGGCAACAUCCGCAACCUGGCCAUGGAAAAGGUUGCCAGCAAUGUAAUGUUCCCUUGCAAACACUCCAACACAGGCUGUACUGUGACCCUUGUUCACACAGAGAAGGCCGAGCACGAGGAAGCCUGUGAGUUCAGACCCUACUCCUGCCCCUGUCCCGGGGCCUCCUGCAAAUGGCAGGGCGGCCUCGAUCAGGUGAUGCCUCACCUUAUGAUGUCACACAAAAGUAUCACAACCCUACAAGGCGAAGACAUAGUUUUUCUGGCUACAGACAUAAACCUUCCCGGAGCAGUAGACUGGGUGAUGAUGCAGUCCUGCUUUAACCACCACUUCAUGUUAGUUUUGGAAAAGCAGGAGAAGUUUGAUGGGCAUCAGCAAUUUUUUGCUAUAGUGCAGCUUAUAGGUUCUAGAAAGGAAGCGGAGAAUUUUGCAUACAGGUUAGAGCUGAAUGGGCACCGUCGGAGGCUGACCUGGGAGGCAAUGCCGCGCUCCAUACAUGAAGGGGUCUCCUCCGCUAUCAUGAACUCUGACUGUCUUGUCUUUGACACAUCACUGGCUCAGCUGUUUGCUGACAAUGGAAACCUUGGAAUAAAUGUCACAAUAUCUAUUGCCUAAAAUCAAUAUUGCCACAUUAGUAGUAGAAAGCUGCCAGAAAAACUUAUUUCAUUGGCUAUAAAGAAUAAUCUAAUUAUAUUUUAAAAUGUCAGUGAAAUAGAAGUGUAAAGAUCUCUUAUGAAUUAUGUAUAGACAGUGUUUGAAAUUAUCAAACUGGAUUUAAUACUUUGUUACAAUUUGCAUUGUUUACAGUUCCCUGACUUUGACAUGUUUAUAUUUGAUAGGACAUCAUAAGCCAAAUGUUUUUUAUUUCAUUAUCAUUUUGUGUAUGUGUGUUCACUUUAGUGUUAAGUAGUGGAAAGUUUAAUUCGGAGUGCAAUGCUCCGGAAACGCCUUGUAGACAUAGAUUAUAAAUUAUAUCAAAUUAUGACCUCUCAUGUGUGAGGGAAAGUGAUUACUUUAUUCCAAAAUAUGAACAAAUAUUAUUUGUGUUGUUAACAUUUAAUCAUUUGUAUAUAGUGUAAUGUUAAGAGGUUUGAGCAAUUUCUAUGCAAUUAUAACUGUGUGGUUGCUUUUGAUCUAAUUUAGUGCUGGUAUUGACUGAGCUCAGGUUACAAGGAUGAUCAUCAUUCAUUGCUAAACCUUUUUUGUUUUCUUAGUCAACUACUUCUAAUUUCGAGGAAUUUCCCUUGCUGAGGAAUUCUCAAAAAGUUUAUACAUUGAAAUCACAUCUUAGAUGUUGAUAAAAAUUAUUAGGCCAGUAAUCUUGAGCAAGAUUACUAGGUUUCUCAAAAUGUAUAAAAUUUUCCUUUUUGUUACUAUACAUUUUUAGUAUUAUUUAUCUGAAUAAUAUUAAUUUGAUUUGACUAUUCUAAUACAAUCUUUAUCUAAAAUCAUACAUAUAAAUUAAUUGAUAAUGUGGGAUGUCUUGAAAUUAAAUAUUAUUUCGACUUCAUUAAGAAUUAUGAAUAUCAGCAAAUAUUAUUUAUGUUUCUUUACACUUUAGAAUCGACUGUAGGUAUAUCCACAUUUCUUGCAUUGUAAAAAACUGCAAAGUACAAUAUAUAAUAUGCUAGCUCAAAUUAAAUUGUCUUGAUAAAAAACCUGAUGUGAAAAAGCUCAGUGAAUUCAGUAACUAAAUCGCUAUCUUAUUAGUAAACCAUAAAAUAAGUAAAUAAAAUAAACCUGUUUAUCUUGUCCUAAAACCUGGCACUUCCGAACUCGAAAGUAGUCAGUUCUGGGCGUUGGUUGGUUCUGAUCAAUUGUUUUAGAUGUAUGCUUUAUUUAUACAAAGACCAUGUUACUUAAUCAAUUAAUCAUAGUCUAAUUGUUUGGGGUGCAUUCGGAUUCACUGUUUAAAAAAGUUUUUGCAUGCUAUUUGGAAAGCCUAAGGCACUGGUCCCACGGCGAGCUAGCAAACUAUGAGCUAUCGGCUAUUUGUGCGACAAAAGAUAGUCACUCCCGUGUAAAUAAAAGUGACAGAUGUA